UGAAAGUCGGUUGGGGUUGGACGCUAUUGCUAACAGUGCCUUUCCUCGCUAUGACUUCGUACACUUUGUGCUGCGGUGAUAUGAAGAAGAUGAUGCAACAUCAUGUACCCCGAAUCGCUAUUGCAACUUUCUUUUGGUUUUUCUGGACUAAAAUGUUCAAUAUCAUUGAAACUUCAUACGGCCGUUGCACAGUAAAAGGAUUCGGAACAAAAUCUGCUUGCCUUAAGGCUGGAUACUUAUGGAACGGAUUCGACAUAUCAGGACACGCAUUUAUUUUAAUACACUCGAGUCUAGUCCUUAUCGAAGAAGCUCGCCCCAUCAUAAAGUGGGAAUCCAUCAAAGAUUUCCUUCGCAAUGAAAUGCACGAUCGUAGCGUUUCAGAGCAUUCAAGCACAAAUCCAUUGAGAAAUCUAUCUGAAGAGCAAAUACGUAAUCUUAAUUUUCUUUAUGAUCGACUAACACCAAUCAUACGGACCUUGUUUAUUGGUAUGGCUACGUUACAAUUAUUAUGGGACGUAAUGCUAGUUGGUACCAUGCUUUAUUAUCAUCACAUGGUAGAAAAAGUAAUAAGUGGUAUAGUUGCCAUACUUACUUGGUACUUUACCUACCGCUUCUGGUAUCGUACGAAUCUGUUACCAGAUCCAGCUGGUAGUGGUUCAUUCUUUUAUCAACGAGACAACAAAGAUUCUUUUGUUUAUGCGCGACGUCCGACAAUGAUGACAGCAACAGGGCCUUCGACAAGCGCUGGUAGUCGUAUGAAUAUGGCUGGAGGGAUACCGCCUACAUUUAUGGGCAUGCCAAUAUAUACCAACCCACGUGCAGCAAAUUUAGCUGGCAGCAGUAGUCAAAUCGGCACAAACAAACAAGAUCUGGACAUGAAUACAUAGUGAUGCCCCUAAGUUACUUAAAAGAUACUUGUUUGUGUGUAAAAUCAUUGUUUUUAUCGUUUUUGUUGUUUAGUGAUAAGAUAAAAAUUGUAAAUGGUCCAAAUGGUACAUAUUGAGGCUUAUUAAGGAGGUAACGGCAAAUUGGAAUUGUAGUCACUAAGUUCGAAAUAUGUAUUUAAUAUUGAUUCUUGAAUCGAAUGUUGUAAAUCCUUUCUUAUAUGACAAGAAACUCUAGUAGAUCACCUAUUUUUCUACGCUUUAAUCAGCUAAUAACAUAAAUUCCUUUUACUACUUCCAUUGUAACACUGGGGUUUUUAUUAAAACUUGCUGAAAGUGGCAAGUAAAUAUACCCUUUAAA